AUGGACGUCGCCGCCUUCGCAAAAGAUCAUGUCCCUCAAAUCACAGCCGUCGUUGCCCUUGUCUCGUACGGGAUAGCGAGGAACAAGUUUACGCCCGGCGGGCUCGUUGCUGGAGUUCUGGUGUCAAUCAUACACAUGCUGCAUCCGUGGCCGGUCUUCUUCUGGCUCUUAACCGUGUUUGUAUUUCUCGGGACGCUGGUGACCAAGGUCGGCCACGCAGCAAAAUCCCACCUCACCCAAUCCUCCACCGGCGGAUCCGGCGGCGAAGCCUCCCGCAGCGCUGCACAAGUCUUCGCCAACUCUGGCUUCGCUUGCAUACUGGUCGGACUGCACCUCUACCUGCUCGCCAGCACGCCGUUCAUCUCCUCCAACCUGCCGAUUGCCCCCGGUCCGCACGCCCCAAGGCUGCAGAAACUGCUUCCCAUCGGCAUCAUCGCCCAGUACGCUGCUGUGGCCGCAGAUACGUUCAGUUCUGAGCUAGGGAUCCUGGCGCAGAGCGAGCCUUUCCUGAUCACAGCGCCCUGGAAGCGGGUGCCGAAGGGCACGAACGGGGGCGUCACUGUUGAAGGCCUCAUCUACGGAGGUCUCGGCAGCUUACUCUUAACGCUUGUUGCGAUCCUGUAUCUCUACGGCUAUGCACCAGGGAUUGCGAUGAACGAGAAGACUGCCGGCAUGCUCGUGUUCAUCGGACUGAUGGGAAGCGUCAUCGACUCGCUUCUGGGCGCUCUGGUGCAGGCUACGGUGACAGAUAGGAAAAGCGGUAAGGUCGUGGAAGGGCCAGGAGGGCAGAGAGUGAAGGUGGCGGAGGGAGGAGGGAGACUGCAGAUAGGGAGUGAUCUGUUGACGAACAAUGGCGUGAAUUUUGUUAUGGCCGCGUUGACAAGCAUGCUUGCAAUGGGAGUUGCGCAUGUACUGGGCUUUGAGCUUAGCUCUAGAUGA